AUGCAGGGGGACGGUGUUGCACAAGCACCCACCGAGGUCCCGACGUCAAGUCAGGUCGAGGAGUCGCGCUCCCACCCCAAGUCUCACCGUGGUCUAGCACCGCGCGUCCUGAUUGGGGCGCCUGUAAGCAUCGAGUCUGACGGCGCUGGAGGGUGGUGGUGCAGCCUCAUCGUCACUGAAUAUGCGAUCACAGGCCCUGAUCGGCGGCUUUUGUCUGCUAAUGGAGGGGUGGGCGAGAAGCAGUGUGGUACAAUCUGUAUCCCGCAGAAUACUCUGCAAGAUCCGAACUCGACCCUCGAACUGAGACUAUUACUCCAUGUCCAGCGAAGGGCAUUUCACGAAAGCGUGCGGCUGUUCGGCUUUCUUGAAGAGCUCCCUGCGACAGCGCGCGUGGCCAAGCAAACCCAAACCAACUGCAAGCGCUGUGUAACUUCUAAGUUACUACAUGCAUCUUGCUGA